GUUUCGUAACCACAGAGUGGGAGGAGCUUGACUCUCUGGAAGCCUGGAUACAGCAGGACGAACAAACACAGGCAACCGUCGGGAAGUGUUCGGGCGCCAGCGAAGACCGAGAAAGCCACCUGAAAUCUCACCCUGGGAGUCUACCUGAAGCCCUGCAAGAGUAGGGGGUUGUUCCAAACAAUCGAAAACAAGCCAGUGAUACUCGGGAUGUGAAUCCCCGUGCGCCUACCUGGAUUAUUUUUGCCCUAGUCAAGCUUUAUACACUACGGAAGCAUUUUAUCAGUGUUUCCCACACAACAUUCAAGUCAGGUCGGGAACCUCUGACAGGGACUGUUCUGGGGCAGAAAUGUGAUGCGAGCGGUUACUAUAAUGUGUGUUUUGCAGUCGCACGGUUUGUUUUGAGGAGUAACCCAUCGGGGAGAUCGGUAAAGGUGGGGCCGAACCGGAGACGCCAAAGGGAUUAUUUUAACACGCGUUUAGCCUGGAAGCUCUCCUUCUCUCCCUCCCUCCCUCCCUCCCUCUCUUCACCCGUAGCGUUUCGGGGAAGUCGACGGGAGGCGGUAUUUGGAAAUUAGAAACGGUUGCUGUAACUCAGCGACUGCUCUCCUCCGGUUUUGCAUUUCGGUGUGCGCCUCAUAAUUUGUGUCCACCGUCAGCUGCUUGUGGCCUUUGUCUCCUGGUUGGAACAUAAGGUUUGAGGACGCGUAUAUUUGGGGAUCAUUUCCCCAGCCGACUCUUGACUGACUAUGGCGGACGACGACAUUCUCUUUGAAGAUGUGUACGAGCUUUGCGAGGUCAUCGGAAAGGGUCCCUUCAGCGUGGUCAGGAGAUGCAUCAACAGGGACACGGGACAGCAGUUUGCUGUCAAGAUCGUGGAUGUUGCCCAGUUUACCUCCAGCCCUGGGCUCAGCACAGAAGACCUGAAGAGGGAGGCCAGUAUUUGCCACAUGCUGAAGCACCCCCACAUCGUGGAGCUCCUGGAGACGUACAGCUCGGACGGCAUGCUCUACAUGGUGUUCGAGUAUAUGGACGGUGCAGACCUCUGCUUUGAGAUCGUGAAACGGGCAGACGCUGGCUUUGUCUACAGUGAAGCCGUGGCCAGCCACUACAUGAGGCAGAUCCUCGAGGCACUCCGCUACUGCCAUGACAACAAUGUCAUCCACCGAGACGUCAAGCCUCACUGUGUGUUGCUGGCAUCCAAAGAGAAUUCGGCCCCGGUGAAGCUGGGUGGGUUUGGAGUUGCCAUCCAGCUCGGAGAGUCGGGACUAGUGGCGGGCGGCCGCGUGGGCACGCCACACUUUAUGGCCCCCGAGGUGGUGAAGCGGGAGCCGUACGGCAAGCCGGUGGACGUGUGGGGCUGCGGGGUCAUCCUGUUCAUCCUCCUCUCCGGCUGCCUACCCUUCUACGGCACCAAGGAGCGGCUGUUUGAGGCCAUCUGCAGGGGAAAGUACAAGAUGAAUCCGCGGCAGUGGGGCCACAUCUCUGAGAGCGCUAAGGACCUCGUGAGACGCAUGCUGAUGCUGGACCCCGCUGAGAGGAUCACUGUCUACGAGGCCCUCAACCACCCCUGGCUCAAGGAGAGGGACCGGUACGCCUACAAAAUCCACCUCCCCGAGACGGUGGAACAGCUGAGGAAGUUCAACGCCAGGAGGAAGCUCAAGGGGGCAGUGCUCGCGGCGGUAUCCAGUCACAAGUUCAACUCCUUUUAUGGAGAUCCUCCUGAGGAGCUUCACGACUUCACUGAUGAUCCCACGUCCUCAGGACUGCUAGCGGCCGAACGUGCUGUGUCUCAGGUUUUGGACAGCUUGGAGGAGAUCCACGCGCUGACCGACUGCAGCGAGAAGGACCUGGACUUCCUCCACAGUGUAUUCCAGGACCAGCACCUUCACACACUCCUCGACCUCUACGACAAGAUAAACACCAAGUCAUCGCCACAGAUCAGGAACGCCUCCAGCGAUGCUGUGCAGAGAGCCAAAGAGGUACUGGAAGAAAUCUCCUGCUACCCAGAGAACCACGACGCUAAGGAACUCAGGCGGAUACUGACCCAGCCACAUUUCAUGGCGCUGCUGCAGACCCACGACGUGGUGGCCCACGAGGUGUACAGCGACGAGGCUCUGAGGGUGACGCCGCCGCCCACCUCGCCCUACCUCAACGGGGACUCCCGGAGCGCCGCCGGGGACAUGGACCUGGAGAACGUGACCCGCGUUCGCCUGGUGCAGUUCCAGAAGAACACAGACGAGCCCAUGGGCAUAACGUUGAAGAUGAACGACUUGAACCACUGCAUCGUAGCCAGGAUAAUGCACGGGGGAAUGAUACACAGACAAGGAACAUUGCAUGUGGGAGACGAGAUCAGGGAGAUAAACGGCAUCAGUGUGGCUAACCAGACGGUGGAGCAACUGCAGAGGAUGCUGAGAGAUAUGCGAGGGAGCAUCACCUUCAAGAUAGUGCCGAGUUACCGGACACAGGGCUCCUCGUGUGAAAAAGAGUCCCCUUCCACCUCCAGGCAGUCCCCUGCCAACGGCCACUCCAGCAUUAACAGUUCUAUCUUGGACCUGCCGUCCUCCAUCCAACCCAAGGGUCGACAGAUCUACGUCAGGGCUCAGUUCGAGUACGACCCCGCCCGGGACGAGCUCAUCCCCUGCAAGGAGGCGGGGGUGCGCUUCUGCGUGGGCGACGUCAUCCAGAUCAUCUCCAAGGACGACCACAACUGGUGGCAGGGCAAGCUGGAGAACACCAAGCACGGGACGGCGGGCCUCAUCCCCUCGCCAGAGCUGCAGGAGUGGCGUGUGGCGUGUAUUGCCAUGGAGAAGACGAAACAGGAGCAGCAGGCCAGCUGUACCUGGUUUGGCAAGAAGAAGAAGCAGUACAAGGACAAGUAUCUGGCCAAGCACAACGCAGUGUUUGACCAACUAGACCUCGUCACGUACGAAGAGGUUGUGAAACUUCCGGCCUUCAAGAGGAAAACACUGGUGCUGUUAGGUGCACACGGCGUGGGCAGAAGACACAUUAAGAACACGCUCAUCACCAAACACCCCGACAGAUUCGCCUACCCCAUCCCACACACCACCCGGCCCCCCAAGAAGGAGGAGGAGAACGGGAAGAACUACUACUUUGUGUCCCACGACCAGAUGAUGCAGGACAUCAGCAACAACGAGUACCUGGAGUACGGCAGCCACGAGGACGCCAUGUACGGCACGCGGCUGGAGACCAUCCGCCACAUCCACCAGACCGGCCUGGUGGCCAUCCUGGACGUGGAGCCCCAGGCCUUGAAGGUGCUGAGGACGGCGGAGUUCGCCCCGUACGUCGUCUUCAUCGCCGCGCCGACGAUCACCCCAGGCAUCAACGAGGACGAGUCGCUGCAGCGGCUGCAGAAGGAGUCAGAGAUCCUGCAGAAGACCUACGCCCACUACUUCGACCAGACCAUCAUCAACAACGAGAUCGACGAGACCAUCCGCCACCUGGAGGAGGCCAUCGACCUGGUGUGCACCACCAACCAGUGGGUGCCCGUCUCCUGGGUCUACUGACCGCCCCCCCCCCCCACCCGUCCCACUCCCCGUCCCCUUCCCCCCCCAAGCUUGGAUCGCCCCCCUACACCCACCGGCUCCCCCCCGCCCCUUCUGCCCGUCUCUCGUCCCAGGCGGGUUGACCUCCUCCUCCUCCUCCUCCUCAAACCUACUUCAUUGGUUCCUCCGACCUCUUGACUCCUCCCCUGUCCGACCUCUCGACCUAUAACAAAGCACCUGGGAUCGCGCCCCUCCCCGUAGUUCCAGGGAGAAGAAGAAAUGAGCGGCCUGAACCAACCAACCAACCAACCAACCAACCAACCAACCAACCAACCAACCAACCAACCAACCAACCAACCAACCAAGCAUACAAUGGAAACGCUGCAUCGACAUCGACGCAGCCGCCAGACCACCACAUCCACAGGGGCCGGUGCGCCGAUGGACCCCGGCCAGUACAGACCCCCCCCAGCCCUAGCGCUUUGUAGGCCGGUGUAAAGCGAAAUGAGUAUUGUCGUGUCUGUGAGUAGCUAGGCCAGGAGACAUUCUUUCAAGAUGUUUCUUUUAGCCAGACGGUACACCCCCCCCCCUCCCUCCCUCCCUUCUCAUGUGGUAUCCGAGCCCGAGAUGUGUGAGUGAGACUCUUGAUGACCACACACACCAGUAAUUCUGUCAGGUGUUGUAAUUUUUAUUGUGUCAAGCCCCUUAGAGGUGUGUGUGUGUGUGUGUGUGUGUGUGUGUGUGUGUGUGUGUGUGUGUGUGUGUGUGUGUGUGUGUGUGUGUGUGUGUGUGUGUGUGUGUGUGUGUGUGUGUGUGUGUGUGUGUGUGUGUGAGACUUGGAAGAGGGUGGGGGGGAAAGCACACUUGAAGUGCAAGUGUCUGCCAUCGCUAGUAUAGACAACAUCAGCUACCCUCAUUAUUUAUGAAUGAUAUAUAUAUGAAUCCUUUCCAUGCACACACUGGGCUGCAGCCCUCUGGGGACACUAGUGCCCUUCAGGUUCAGAUCCUCCCUGUCCUUUUGAUGGUACCGCAAUGGAGGCGUUGCCCCGUUGCUACCCCCUGAAGACCCUGACACACUGCGCAGAUGGACAGAUUGAAACACACACACACAGAGACACAUCUGUCUUAUCACCACACUCCGUCUCUUCUAAUGAACCCGUGUAUGUCUUUAGAGGUUUCCCAAUGAGGGGUCUUGCAUGUGGACGUUCACAAGCUCAGUACCUACCCGGCCCCCCCGUCUCCCAGCCCCCCCCCCCCCCCUCCCCCCCCGUGUCCCUAACUGUUGAAACCUCCAAGAGAGAAACCACAGAAGGUGGAGAAGGUGGUAGAUAAAAAAAAAAAGAAAAAAGAACAUUCCAGCUGCUUUGAAGACUGCACCUGACCAAGGAACGCGUGGGGAACCAGGAAAUGACCCUGACUGCACCCACAGCCGGGCGUUGCCCUGACAACCUAUGCACAUCCUUCGCAUUUUGGGCAGCAUUUCUAAAACAACGCGUUUGUAAAGAUCAACCAUAUGUGAGAUGUGUUUGUAAAAAAUAAAAAAGAUAAUUCAAUAAACAAAUCGCAUUGUUUCAAAUUUCGAUUUGUCCUACAUUGGAGAUGUGGGGGAAGAAUUACAUGUUAUUCUUCAUUUGCCAUUUCAGAAAUGUGUUGUCUGAGAGUAUUAAUGUUUUAAACUAAGUUUAACCAAUGAAAGAUAAAUGCUGAUUUCUUUUUUAAAUCUACAGCUGUGUAUCUGUAUGGACAGGAUGUGCGCCGUGCACAUUGCUGAAAAGUGAAUUCUUCGCAUGGGAAGGGGAGGCCACUUGUGCGUCUGAAUAACCUGUAUAUGAAUAUGACAUGUGGCAUAGGACUGCCCCUGUGUAAAUGACUCUGCAAUGUUAAAAGUUCUUCAGUAUGAACAUUUUUUUAAAAAUAUAUUUCCUUUUAUGUGGUGAAAAA